AUGGAAGGUAGUUGUUGUUCCUUUGAUAAAAAUGGUCGAUUUUUAGCACUUUUAACCCCAGAUGGGCGCCUUAAGUUAUGGGAUUGUACUUUCGGAUCAUUAAAGCAUGAAUACACAUCGCCAUCACAUCUUUCAACGACCUGUACAUGCCUCCGUUGGAGCCGAACUUCAAGGUCGUCGGUGAGUAUUUUAGUCUCUGGAGAAAUAGAUCAUGUUUUCUCGAAAUAGUCAUUUCCUCUGCACAAUUCACGCGUAGACAAAGCGUAAAAUAUAGUGCUCAACCUUUGUUAGAGUCAGGCAUAACAUUUCUUUCACCAAUGUUUGGUUUAAAUCCGUUAGUUUUGAAGAAAUUCCCUAACCCGCCAACAUCCAGUGAGAUUGUUAAGCUGCAUUUUGUAAUUUCUGGUUUUGAAAGACUCCGUCUUUGUUUACAGCGUGACUUGAUAUUUUAGCGUUUGCUUCGACGCUCGCAUGCAUGGCAAUGUGCUGUACAAUUGAAGAAUAAAGGUUCCAUGCAACGUAAUUUCUUAUUUAAAAGAUUUCUACGUUGUCUUCAGGUAUCCUGUAUGCGUAUGCAUGCAAAUUUCAGCAAAUUUACAAUCAAGUCACGCAGUGUUUAUUACACGCUAAAAAAGCGCAAUCCCUUUCUCUGUUUUUAUCUGUACUGUUAAUGCUAAAAAAAGUUGCCGAUGAUAAGCAUUUUAUAAAUUAUCAGGAGUUUGUCAUUUUAUUAGUUAAGUUUAAUGACCAUCAUUUUUACAUCUAAUCGUGAAAAGAUGCGAUAUUAAGUUUAUUAGAAAUGCGUUAAUGUAAAUGUAACGUAACAUUAAGAAUAUCUGCGAAAGAGAGAAUUAUCGUUUACAGUAUUCUACUGUAAGAGCUCUGUAAAGCCCUUGACCCUCUAGUUUUGAUUGGUGACUUUUCAUUGAAAGGAUAUUUCCUUGAUACCAGCUCUUGGUGGCCCAUGUCACCAAGAAACAUGUAGGUGAUGAAAAUUAUGUGAGAUUUGUCUGAGAGAACAAAAAUGGUGUUCAAACAUUAGUCAGACUGUAUGUAUAGACAGCGGAAUCUCAAUAAUGAACUUUUUCAAAUAAUGGUCAAUAAAAAGAUGCACUGUAAAGUUCCAUAAUAAAGACCCCCAUGUGAUGUGGCAAUGUCAUGGGACAAUAAUGACUUGGAACAAAGUGACCGUGGAAUGAAAUGACCAGAUACUUGGUAGAAUGUAUGCCAGUGGUGGAUCCAGGAAAAGAUCAACCCCCCCCCCUCCCCCUCCACCGCUCUUAUUUUUAGACUAAACUGAGGCCCGACGGUCCUAAAAUAAAUCUUUUUGAGACCAGGCCCCCCUUAUCUAAAGGUCUGGAUCUGCCUCUGUAUGCUUGUUAUACAGUCAAAUCCUGCUUUACAAAAACCCACAUAAUACAGGCACCUCAUUAUUACGUACAGUUUGCUUUGUCCAUGGGGGAAGAAAGCCGUGCUUUUUCUCUUAAUGCGGACACCCUGUUGAUAUGGACACUGAGGGGGCCAUAAGAAGUGUCCGUAUUAACCUGGUGUCUAUAUUAAGCAGGUUGAAUGUAGAGAAAAUGUAAGGACUUUCUUUCCUCAGGGACAAUACAAACUGUCUGUAAUAAUGAGGUAUCCAUGUUAAGCUGGUGUCUAUAAAGCGGGGUUUAACUGCAUCAAAAAAACAAUCCCAGUCACGAAGAACUUCACUGCGUGUGUACCUGCUAACACCCAUGCCUUAUUCAUGAGACUAACACUUGUACCUGCAGAUCAAAAAAUUGGAUCUCAUAGGCCAAUUUCUCACACCUGAAAAGAAGUGCGAAUGUGUUACGAGGAGAGGUCUACUGCAGAAAGUUGCUAAAAUAAAGCAUUUUUGUUAUUUGUUAGGUUGUUCAAAGAAGGAAGAAGCAAAAGACUGCAAAAAAUACGACAGAUUCAGUUGUUGAUUCCAUAGCUCUUGGAACAUCAUCAGGGGAUAUUUUUGUAUAUAACAUUGCUGCUGGAGAAGUGAACCAGAGACUAGUAAGAAUCUCUUUUUUUUCUUGUGUCUAAUCCAUUUCUGCCCCAAAAUUUGCAAAAUCUUGUGGAGGCCGGACAGAAUGUGACCAACAGAUUGCACCCCUCUUAAUUCCAGUGGCUGUGAUAUGUCAUUUGUUCCACUAUGCUGGUUGAUGAUGAGGGUCGCACUAAAAGGGAUGAAGAAAGGGGGCAAUUAAUAAUAAUAAUAAUAACUUUAUUUCUAUAGCACUCUUAUCCUAUGUUCAAGGCGCUUUACAGUCAUGUAAAGCAUGACAUGUGUGCAGAUCUGUGUAUACGUUGCAAGUCAACAUUUUUUUUAUCAUCUUUCAGGAAGGUGGUCAUGACAACAGAGUAAAUGAUGUGUGUUGGAGUGAAGAUGACAGCACAUUAUAUUCUUGUUCAAAUGACAAACAUAUAAUAGAAUGGAACACAGAAAAUGGCCAGAGAAAAUGGUAAGAUGCCUAUUAUCAUAAUAUUUUUUUUUAAGGGUCUGAGCUCGCUGCAUUAAUAAGUCCCUCUCUUGAGUUCAUGGGUACCUUUGAUGCCUUCCUUAUUUAUUUAUGCUUCAUUUUUUAGGUUGCUUUUCGUUUCAAUAUUACUAGCCACUGUUCAGGAAUUGGGCCAGUUCUCAUCCCCGAAAUGAUUUCUUGGGAAAAAAAACUGGACCUCUGUGAGCAGUGGCUGGUCAUCAAAUGUACCCCGGCUACAGUGUUAGUAAAGUCAAGUCUUGGUAGCCACUGUUCAGGAAUUGGGCCAGUUCUCAUCCCCGAAAUGAUUUCUUGGGAAAAAAAACUGGACCUCUGUGAGCAGUGGCUGGUCAUCAAAUGUACCCCGGCUACAGUGUUAGUAAAGUCAAGUCUUGGAAAGAGUGUAGGAAUUUUGCUCAGGGGAGCUGGCAGGGCCUCAUUUUGUGUCUGCAAAAUAAGAGGGCCUGGGUGGUGACGCCCCUUCUCUAAAGUUAAUAACAAACUUGUUUAUGAACUUGUGCUUUGUCUUCUGUAGUAAGUGGAAAGCUGACAAACAUGGAGUGAGGUGCAUUGAACUUGGUCCCAAGGGAGAUACACUGCUCUCUGCUGGCAGAAGCAUUAAAUUAUGGGAUUUAGAGACAAAAGAAAAUCUAAGGGUAAGAAAUAUAAAAUGAACGGCAAGGAUAAAGUGCAAUAUAUAUGAGAUGAUGGCAAUGACUCUUGGGCAAAGAACAUGGUAUUCACCAAUAAUUAUUUUACCUACGUUGUCCACACCUGUAAAGGGGAUUUUAUGGCUGAUACAAUCAAAUUGCAUAAUAGUGGAUUACUUCAUUUGAAGUCGCAAUGUUUUUUGCCAGAUCUUGGGGGAGAAUAAGUGGCACUCACUAGGGAAGAGAAUUUAAUAAUGAGGUAAAGGCUGGAAACUGUUAGAGGCCAGAAACUAAUUUAUCUGACUGUGGUCAUAGUAACAAGAAACAAAUCAGUCAACUGUAUCCUUUAAAUUUUGUGCCUAAAAGUUUUAUUUUAACAAACUAAAAUUAGGCGAGACUGAAAGUGUCUUUUAUUUCUUUCCUGUCUGAAGAAAUUUACAGGUCAUGCAACACCAGUGACAUAUCUCUCAUUUAUACCAAGUUCCUUGUCACAUGACACAAACGCCAACCACAUUCCGAGUAAUGGAAUCAGUGGUAAUUAUUUCAUUUCCGGAGCAGAACAGGACAGACUUGUGAAUGUCUGGUAAGUUUUUUCAAAGCAGUUCAUACUAUUUGUACUCCAUUUUGAACAGCUGAAGGUCAAAUUAGGGGGAAUGAUCAUGAUAACAAUUCAGUAGUUUUAAUAUGAAUCUUGAUAGUCUGGCAUAAAAUUCAGUAAAGUAUUAUUAUUUAAAUAAUAAUCACUUAGUAAAAUUUGUAUUUUCUUGCAGGUAUGUUAACUUGGAAGCUCAUAACAAAAAUGCAUUAGUUUCACUUUCUCUCACAGACGAACCCAUUGUAGUUGAUGUCAUACGCCACAGCAAUCAAGACAAGGUAAAAAAAGUAUCUUCUUGUAAGUGUGGUAUAAUAAGGCUGCACAAAUGUUGGUGUGGUUGAUCUCUAUAUAAGGGGCAAGGGGAACUGCAAGGUAUGGGCUAUAUAGGUACACGUAUGUGCCGCUGUGAAGGGGAGGGGAUUUUAAGCAGGCUAGUUUGGGAUAGGGUAAAGAAAUCAGAGAGUUUUGAUAUAUUAUGAAAUAUCAUUUAUGUGGCAUUGAUCAACAUUAUAAAAAGUUGACUAAGAAAAACUGUACAGUGUAUGGAGCCUCAAGCUCUAAAUCCAUGAUUCCAGGGUGUCUACCGUAUAAGUUUCGUGCAAAAGAUAACAUUCCCUUGUUGCCUAAUGCCAACAGUAAGGCACCAUUGGCCUCUGGGUGAUACUGGAACAUGUCUCUGUAUAACAAACAUAAAAUACAGUGUUGAUUUUUUUUUUUUCAGCCUGUUCACAUUGCUGUAGUCUCAAAAGAUGGACAAAUACAUAUUUUCGAAUAUUCACUAAAUGGGUGAGUUGCUUAUAUAUCCUUCCUACGGUUUUCUUGGCAGUGGCUGAUAGAGCCACACUCUUGACAAAAAUGCUUCAUUGCAUUUUGCUGAGAAAAGAACUAAACCUUUGUCCAGUAAUUCCCUGGCACUUAGAGAAGUCUGAUCUGUGAACUGUUCCUUAAUUUUUUUUUCUUCAUAAAUUCAGCUCCUCCUUAACCUGUCUUAUCGUUGAGUAGACCUUUUAACAUAUGUCUUUCUCUUUCAAUUUCAGGGGUGUUAAAAAGCCCCUAAGACCAACGAGAACUAUUCAGCUAACCGGUUCUGAGAAAAAGGUAUUUAAAAAAAGUAAUUCAUUUCUUAAUUUUAUUUAUUUUCGUUGAACCCAUGCUCAGCAUCUUCAGUUCUUAGACAUGGUUGAUGAGACAGGGUUCCAUAAAGGUUUAUUUAUAGUGGAAAGUGCACUUAGCUUAUCCAGCUAGGUAACACUGAGGCACUCCAUUUAAAUACUUCGAAACAAAAAAUUCAAGUACAAGGUAACAGGAUUAAAAACCCCAACUGGCUGGAGGCAACCAGUUGGCAGUUUACAAGCAUGGCAGAGGAUUUGAACUUUGGACAACCAAGAACAAAUCCAGCAAGUGGCCAGAGCAGGUCUCAAACCCAGGAGCUCUUGAUUGCGAAUCCAAUGCACUGACCACUCCACUACUCUGCAAAAAACGCUUACAAAAUCUUUCAGCCACCAAGUGCUGGCCAAAAAGCAUGCUGUCAAUGGUGACAUUAAUUUUGUGUACUUAGCACUGUCACUUAACCCUUUAAGCCCCAAUAUCCAACUACAAAUUCUCUAGACUAAGCUCCAUACAUUUCCUUAAAGAACUGGUGAAGAGAAUUUGUUUGUAGAUCAAAGCCUUUCCCAUCAGGUGAUCAUUUCAUUAAUUCUCACAGCAUUUUCUCUUGAUUAUGUAUUAACACUGUUGGGAGAAAAUUGACUCUGGUCACUCUUGGGACUAAGGAGGCCUGGGAUUUCCUCCCACUACUAUGAGCAUGACCCCCAACUACUUUCAUAGGAAAUGAAGGGGUAAUAGAACCAAAUGAAGUUCCUAGCUGUUCACUUGCCCCCUCCCCCCCUUUCCCCCCCCCUACCACUUAUUGUAAUGGCAUUUACCCAGCAACUUGAAAUCAUAACUGACUGCGCUGAUACUCAAAUUACCUUAGCCUUUUUAAUACCUGUUAACAGUUGCAAUCAAAAGGUUCGAACUGAAAAGGAUUUUCAGUCAAAUUACAUUUUUAUUUUAUAUUAUGCUAAUCGUUACGUUGUUUUUGUUUGGUAGGAUGGAACACCAUCACCUAUACCCGUGAUGUGUAUCCGAUUGCUAGCUGAAGCAGAGCCUUCAGUGCAAGUUGCAUUUGGUUCGACUGUAAAACCACAGUUUGAAACUUUGGUAAGAACUGAACAUACUAAUCCAAGUAAACCAAACAGGGCUCAAAAGAAGUCCUUUCUGGUAAACUUUCCUCUCUGGGCAAGUAACUUUUAAAGCUCAAUUCCCCAAUGGGGGUCCAGACAAGUCAUCCUGGAACAAAAUCAUUAACUAAGAUAAGCAAGAAGUUGCCUGGCUAAAGGAAUAGCUGGGGUUGUCAAAAAGAGCUGGUAACGUUCAAAAAUCAACACCUACUCCAUGUCUUUGCUUGGCUUCUCUCUGAUUCUUUCAUAAAAGAUGGCUAAAUUAGCCACCUGCUUUAAGAAUGGGGCAUACUUUGGCACUUUCUGACAACCUUGCCAGCAAGAGUUACAUGAGAAAUGACUCCAACAAGAAUUACAUGAACAUUAAUGAUAGUCCUCUAAGCAGCAACUUGUGUCAUUGCUUAUUGAUAAUUGACCAUUAGAAGCAAUAGCUAUUAGCAUUGUCAUGAAAUAUGUUCUGAUGGCCUCCAGAAGUAUUUAGCUCUUUGAUUUUAAAACUUUCAGACUCAAAAAGUAGCAGCUUUAUGUGUAAAAAUAUAAAGAGCAAUAUUAUUCCAUGAUAGCUUUAACUGGUAUACUAAUCAGAUAAUAGUUUAGUAUUAAUAACAUUUUUUCCUUGUAGGCCUAUUCAACAAUGGAAGAGCACACUUGUCUCAUACGUGAAAACUCGUCAAACCUACUUCUCAAUAAUGGAACUCAGGAAUCACUUCAAGUGACCAAAGGUCAGAAUUCAAGGCAAACAUUGACAACUCUUGGUGCGGGUAAUAUGGCAUUAGCGACACCUUCUGUUGCUGCUGAAGAGGGACAAACAAAAGGAACAAAAGGAAAGGGUAAAAAAAGAAGUGAAGAAAGAGUGAGACCAGAAGAACAGGCAAGUUUAGUGGAUUAAAAUUACCACUUAUAACUUUUAACUCAGGCUUUAUUUAUCCUUUGUGGUUAUUAUUAUCAGUAGCAAUAUUGGUAGCGAUAGUUGUUUUCAUCCUCAUCUGUUGAUGAGUCUUUCGAAAUGAGAAACUAUUUUCUCUCCCAUGCAUGACACUUUAUCAUUUUUCAGACAGAACUGACCAGUUUCCAUACAUUUCCUUUUAUUCAAUUCUCAUAACCUUUUCUCGUGAUAAUUUGUUGAUAUUGUUGGGAGAAAAUUGAUUUUGGUCACUAUUGGGAAGUAAAGGAUUUAAGUAACAAAGUCAUUGUUGUGAUUUAUCUACAGAGCAUAGAGGAGAGGUUAAAAGCAAUAAACACAGCAUCUGCUGAAACACAAAGGUACUGUAUGGAGUCUACCAUGUCAUAAUGAUGUUAUAAGCAUUAUUAUUUUAUUCUUCACCAGUUGGUCUACAUGGGUUUUAUUUCUAUGGGAUUUUUUGUUUGUUAUCUUUACACCACAACUGAGUUAGAGCAGUUUCCAAGACAACUGAAGAGAAACUAAGUAAACUUAAAAAAUUACCCAAGUCUUAAAAUAUUAAACGAGUUCAUAAUACAAUGGAUGUCCGAUUAGCUCAGUUGGAUAAGUGCUGGUCUGCCAAGUGAGAGGCCACCAGUUGAUACCCCCAGCGUAGGGUCUAAGUUGUGGGUCUUCAAAUAACUGAGGAGAAAGUGCAGGCCCGUAACCAGGGGGGGGGUGCACGGGGUGCGUUCGCACCCUCCCCACAGGCCCCAAAGGUCCGCAUUUUGAUUCUCAAUAUCCAAGUUAAGGAGUGCAGUCGGUUAAACUGAAGUUUCAAACUUAACAGUGAUAUUUAAACAAAAUCAAAGAAUGGAAAAAGUAGUAGUGUAUUCACUGGGAAAAUAAAACCAGCUGCACUCUAGUAGCCCGAGUCAUUCAGAACAUUUCAAUGAGCGUACAGAUGUCCCAGCUUAUCUAAAUGAAUAAUGAAAUUAACAUGCGCACGCUUAAGGAGUGCGAUGAUGAUCUCUUUCCAAAUAUAUAUGCGCUCCUCAAGAUAUGCACCACAAUCCCUACAAUGAGCUGUGAAUGUGAAAGAAGUGCGAGUUUUUUAAGGCGGCUGCAUACAUAUAACAGGGCAUGCAUGGGCCAGGAAAGGCUGUCGUCCCUCGCACUAAAGCACAUACAUUAUCAAGCUAAAAUUGUUUUGGAUGAGGUGGUAAAUCUGUUUGCCACCAGACACCCACGGAGGCUGGAGCUCAGGACUAUUCUGAGGGAUUAGUUCCGCAGUAUUUUGAUGUAUCAUUUUACAUCGUAAAAUUACUCCUCUAUAACUUAAUUCAAACAGUUGUAUUCGACAAAUGUAAUAUUCAGUUCCUACCAUGUACUUUGCCGUUACAAUUUCUCAUGUAUUGCUACUUCCCUAAAUAAACGGAUCAGACAAUAAAAAAUACAUUUCGGUAGUUUGGUCCACUUUGGCCUCGUUAGCACCCCCCCACAUAAAAUCCUGGUUACGGGCCUGAAGUGCUGCCUUUGUAAUGGCAUUUGCAAAUGGUUAGACUUUCUAGUCUUCUUGGAUAAAGCUGAUAAAGCAUGGGCCCUGUCUCACAACCCUUACACCUAUAAAUUCUGUGAGACAUGAAGGAACCCAUGUACACUGUUUGUAAAGAGUAGGGGACAUGGUCCCUGGUGUGGUAGUCUAUCUCUCAUGGGGGGAGGGACUAUUACAGGCCCACAGUAAUAUUGGUGCCAUGCACUGUUGCAGUGACCCUGCCAACAAUUGCCCAAACCUAAGUAGAUACAUCAUAUAUGAUUGAAAGACAAAUUUUACCAUCUUGAAAGUACAUGGAGAGGGUCUGUAUGCUUUUAAACUCUGUUCAUCCAACCUAGUAAUGGUCCCCGUAAACAACACAAGAGUGAUGAUCUUUUAAUUAACAAUAGUCUUUAAAAACUUCUUCAGUUGAGUAUCAAAAUAAUGUAUGCUAUCCUUUUUAGAAGAAAAGCAAGUGGUCCCCCAACAGCUGAUUCAUUAGUGCAGAUGUUAAUACAGGCUCUUCAUAGUCAAGAUAACAAUCUACUAGAGGUAAGUAUGAUAAUACACUGCAGGAAUGUGUUAAUCUCCUUCAAUAAGGGCCCAUACUGUAAUAAGUGUGCUUCCCCAACAAAUCACCCUUCCCGCUUGGCCAAACUAGCACAUAAGCACCCCUCUUCUUCCUUGCUUUCUUAAACAGUAAAUUAAGAUACCACAAGAAACGUUUCUCUCUUUUCUCACUGCUAUAAUUGUUUAAAAGUGAAAUUGGCCAGCAAUAUUGCUGGAGCAGUUUUUUUCCAUCAAGUCAGCUCCAGUUACAUUCAUCUGCAUGUGCUGGCAGAGUCCUAUUAUAAAGAUCUAGCCAAAAGAACGUUUCACUUUAUUAAAGAGAGAACUUGGAGAUGGCUCCUCUUCUGAUCAAGAACCCUCUAUUAAAUAAGUGCCCUCUCCCCUCCACCACCCCCACCCCUUCUGACCAGAUACUGGAUGCUUGUUAGAGGUAAAUUAAUCAUCGACUAUUCUAGAAGGCCCCUUAGAAUGUAUGGGUGAUCAACUGUUCUUUGUUAUUCCAGGAUGUUUUAUGGCAAGGGGGAAAAAAGGAAACAGUUAUGAAAAAUACAAUUAAAGGACUUCCAGUCACACUCACUGUUCCAUUCUUGACAGAGGUUUGUUGGACAUCUUUUAUUAUUCACUGUUUUGUCAGAUCUCCUGUGUUCUGUUGCAUAGAAAUAUGACAAAAUUGUAGCUGCAAAGUUGGUGGAUUCAUUUAUUCAUUUAUUUGUUUGUUUGUUGUUUUUUAUUUAUUUAUUUUUGCAGCUUGUUCACAAGAUUGAAGCCAUGCCUUGGAGGUAAGUAUUGCUAGAGUCUCAAUUUUAAAUAGCCUCAUGCUUGCUUGUAUGGUGAAGGGAGAAUUUAACACAAAAUCUUUAAACACUUGGUCCCUCUAAACCCAUCUGUGCAUUCCUUCAUUAAUUUAAGUUUAGUUGCCUAAGAAAACAGCCAACAUUUUGCAUUGCCACUAUAGCUACUGGUUCCACUUUGGCAUUUGGUAGUGAAACCGGUACUGCUGCCAUGAAAAUUUGGCUGUUUUCUCAGGCUAAUAACAUAACCACCCUUUCACUGUUUAUUGUAUCUUCAGAACUUACCAUAGAAGCCUUGUCUUAUGGUAGUCAAGUGUACUUAUCCAGCUUUUUUCUUUAUUUGUUCUAGAGGAGCACAAUUAGUGCUAUGGAUCAAACAAAUUUUAAGUACUCAUAUGGCUUAUUUAAUGACGGUAAGAUGUUAUCUCUUUGAUGUAAAAGAGUGCAUUAUAUUGAUCACGUGGGAACGUGAAAUUGCAACCAAGGAUGAAAAUGAACCGCAUCACAUACACUUAGUCUGUUAAUAAUAAUGUAAUAUUUUUUCCGCUUUUUUUUUAUUAAGGUCCCAGACCUUGUGAAGACCCUUGGUGGACUAUACGCCAUGAUGGAGUCACGUGUGAGCACUUAUGGUAAACUAUGCAAACUGCAAGGUCGUUUGGAUUUGAUGCUGUCACAGGUAUGGCUUUAACCCUUUAAGCCCCAGUAACCACAUACAAAUUCUUCAAACUGAUCUCCAUACAUUCAAAUUCCUGAAAGAAUUAGUUGAGAGAAUUUGACAAAAGAUCAAGGCAUUUUUACUUGGGUGAUCAUUUUAUUAAUUCUCAGAACUUAUCUGUUGACAGUGUAUGGAUAUUGUUAGGAGAAAAUUCAUCUUGGUCACUAUUGGCACUUAAAGGGUUAACUCUCCAGUUCAUCCUCCUGUGCCAAGGCUCAUGCUAUAAGAAUUUUUUGGGUCAAUUUAGGUUACUGGAAACUGCCCACCUACCCCUCCCCUAAACUAACAUUAACACUUACCUCUUACUUAGGGCAAAAUUUUGGCUUAGGAGAGGGGUAGGUGGGCAGUUUCUCAGAACCCUAUAUUGAUCCAAUUUUUUUGUACUGAAUGUGUCACAGUCUUACAUAGGAGGUUUGAACACAGUUCUUGUUUCAUUACUGUAUAAAUAAAAAUAGCUUAACCUUACCUGGUGGGGAAACACCACUUCAAUUUUGUGCCAAUAACUGUUGGUCCAUGUUGCGUUAUUUUGCAUACCACCAAUUAAAGGUUGGCCGCAUCAUUGGUUUCUGUCCUUUUCUCCAUGGUAGUGUAGGUGGGGUUUCUUAAAUCCUUUAAAAUUGAUUAAAGCCCAGCAUAAGGAGUUAUCCCCUUAAUAUUUCUGCACCACUUUCCUCUGUGUGCUUGUUUCCAAGGAUGUAUGAUGAGUCAUUAUAAUAUUUGAUAGGAAUUGCCGUCAGAUCAGUUAUUAGCUGAAGACACCUUCUACUCUGACAGUCUCUUGGAAAUGAGCUUUGCACCUAUUUUUAUUAAGAUUUUCUGUUUCUCUUGGUCCAAUAUUUUUUUAUAUUUUUUUGUUUGUAGGUGGAUUCCCAGAGCUAUAACACUGCAGAUGAUAAAAUUCCUGGACCAUCAGUUGUCUAUCAGGAGGAAGGUCUGAAAUAGUGAUAAUAUUUUUUGAGCCCGAGGGCCUUAUUUAUCUUCAUUAGUUCUUGUCUAUAUGAUAUUCUAGGCACUUUUCUGUUAAUGCUAGGUCUGGGUCUAGGUCACUCAACAUCCCGGGAGGGGGAGGGGAGGGUGGUUCGUCCUAACAAUACACUCAUGGGGAUGUGCUGCUGGAUGGGGUCACAUUUUCAUGACUGGAUUGACUAUAAUGGGGUUGCAUUGUCAAUAGANGGUCUAGGUCACUCAACAUCCCGGGAGGGGGAGGGGAGGGUGGUUCGUCCUAACAAUACACUCAUGGGGAUGUGCUGCUGGAUGGGGUCACAUUUUCAUGACUGGAUUGACUAUAAUGGGGUUGCAUUGUCAAUAGAGUUACUAGAAUGAUGUCGCACAUUUUCGGGAUUUUGGGGUUAGAAAAUUUAGGUUGGUAGGGAUUUAAAUUGGGAAGAUUUUUACUGUAUUUUAGUUUAACAAAGGUGUCAAUUCAAUUGAAGGCGAUUUAGUUAAAAGGCUGAUAAGGUAGAUGCAUAAACAGAUAGUGACUAAAUUGGGAUUGUGAAAAUAACAUUUGCCCUAAAGUGACUAAGAUGGGGUCUGUAAUUGGGGGGAAGAGGUUUUGAUAGGUCAGCGGCACAUACCCAGCAAAAAUUAACCCAAGAAGGCCCUCACAAUAAAAGUAUCUACAGUGAUUAACACAAAAGAGUGUGCCCAGUAUGAAAGUCAAGGAAGCUACCCACCUAUCCCUCCCCUAAUCUAAGAUUUUGCUCAAAGUGAGAAGUAAAUGUUAAUGUUGGGUUAGGGAAGGUCGGUGAGCAGCUUUCCAGAGUCUUACACUGAUGCAUUACAGAAAACGCAGUAAAACACUGUUUUUCCUUCUAAAACAGAUAGUAUUAUAACUGUGUAGCAAAUCAGGUGUAUUUUUCAUUAUGAUAUUAACUGUUUCUGCUAUGUUAAGUCAUUGUGACACAUAUCGUUUUUGCCAUUUUUCUUUCUCUAUCCUUAUAGACUCCGAUGAGGAACCACUUGUACCUAUUGAGGCCGAAGACUCAGAAUCCGAUGUAUGUUCUUACUUAUUUCUUGUAACUGUGACACUGGAAGACCGUAUAAAAAUAAUAGUUUUUAUAGUAGCUGUCGCGUGCAGUUACUAGGGAGCUUUAGCAACGACGACGGCGACAGUAGCGAGAACGUCUUCAUUUAAAAGACUUCGCUUUUUUCGAACUCUGUCGCGAUUAUUCCGACUCGCGUAAAAUCUCAAAUGUAGGUGACUUCACCUGGAUUUGAAUUCUUAGCGACUGCUGUCUACACCCUAGCCCGCGUGGCAGGCGUUAAAAGGGGAAGGGGAAGGGGAUCGGGUAAGGGGGAAUUUGGGCGCGCGAGGGAGAAAGUAAAGGAACGCGUUCCCCUCCUGCCUCCUCCCUCGCGCGUGGUCUCGCGCCCUAAUUCCCUUUCCCUUCCCUUUCGAACGCCUGCCACGCAGGCUAUCAGCACCCAAGUUUAGAGGGAGAAAGAGAAAUCUGUCCUGGUGUGUUUACGUCCUCCUUAAAACGUCGCAUGAGGGAAUGCCACGUCGUAGUCGUGCAGCGACGACAAAGAAAGUACGAAAAGUGUGCUGCACGUACAAAGUUGUUGUUUUGCUGAAAAAACCUAUUGCUUUCUUGACGUUCUCGUUGGCUUCGCCGUCGUCGCAUCUGAUCGUCCCUUUUCUAGGCAAAGAAGACGGUAACAACAUCAGGGUCGUUUUAAUAACGUUAAAACUGUUUCUCUUUUGUAGGAAAAUUGGGAAGAAGAUCUUGAUAACGAAGACGCCUCAGAAUCAGAAUCCAAGGAAGAAAGUGAGGAUGAGACUGAAGCAGGAAAUGAUAAUGAUGUUGAUGAUUACGAUGAGGAUGAUGUGGAAUCUGAGGAGGAAAGUUAA